ACGCUCUCAUUGUUGCUCAGAAACCGGACAGUCCCUGUGACAGACGGUUGGACCACGAGGAUGAAAGGCUUCAUUUUCCUUGUGAUGAACUUGGCAGUUUCAUCUACAUUCAGCCUAAAAAAUACACCAACAUUCCAGAAAUGGACAACCGACGACAUUUUAGAAAUAAACCAUGGAAAAGAUGAUAUUAUGGUGUCAAAGUUUCUAAGGAGUUCUGUUAGUGAUGUCAACAGACUGUGGACGUCCCCUAUCGCCUAUGUGUUGGAUGAAAGCCUUGAAAUCAAUGCUAAAGCAGUCAUCCUGAAUGCCUUUGAGCAGUUCCGGUUGAAGUCAUGCAUUGACUUCAAACUCAGAGACUCUGAAGAGGAUUACAUCAUUGUCAAAAAGUUAGGCGGAUGUUUCUCAUACGUUGGGAAGGUGAGUGGUGAGCAGGUGCUCUCCAUUGGCCGAUUCUGUGAUGAGAUUUCCACGGUUGAACACGAGUUUCUCCAUGCGCUCGGCUUCGAUCAUGAACACAACAGAUUUGACAGAGACAACUUUGUGACCAUUGACUUUGACAACAUCUUAACAGGUUUGGAUUACAAUUUUGACAAAGUGAACGGAGAAGAUUAUACUGAUAUGGGAGUCCCUUAUGACUAUUGGUCAGUGAUGCAUUAUGGCAAAUUUGCAUUCAGCAAUGGUAAUGGGACUACCAUUAACAGUAAAGAUCCAAAUUUCGAGGAUGUGAUUGGUCAAAGACGGGACAUGAGUCCCAGUGAUACUCUGGAGCUGAACCGCCGCUACAAAUGCAAUUCAUCCCUUGCAUUUAAGAUGUACUGUGGCUUCUCCAAGAGGAAUAUGUGUCAAAUGAAACACUGUUCAAAUUCUGACGUUGAAUGGGAGUUGGUGACACGUGCAGAGGGCGGUCCAUACUCUGACCACACUAAUCUACCCACAGGCCUUGGUCAUCGUGGUGGUCGAGAUGACGGUUACUUCAUGCAUGCUAGCACAGUAAGUGGAAGAAUGGGAGACUCUGCCCUGCUGGAGACCCAGAGGAUGACCACCACCAGGAAGUGUAAUGUCAAGUGUCUCCAGUUCUACUAUUACCACAGUGGACAUGAGUCUGACGACCUCAACAUUUGGAUCAGAGAGUUUCAAAGUAAAAGGGACUCAGAAGGAAGUCGCCGCCUCAUGGGACAGAUCACCGGUUUGCAAACAUUUCACUGGCGGCUCCACUAUGUUACAUUAACUGCCACCAAGGACUUCCAGGUGGAAUUUGAGAUUGUUAAAGGCGCAGGGAUUUCCUCAGGUGGCUUCUCAAUCGAUGACAUCAAUCUGUCUGAGACAGAGUGUCCACAUGGAGUCAUGCAAUUGAACGAUGUUGUGAAAACUUUCAACACAACUACUGCACAAUUCAUAUUCGGCCCAAAGCAAUACACGCAAGUGGGCUAUGCUUACAGGAUAGUAGUAGCAGGAUAUGACGAGUUUGUGGGAAUGGGUAUACAACUUGUGUCGGGUAAAUAUGAUGACCAGCUGGAGUGGCCUUGCCCAUAUAGGCAGGUGGUUCUUCAAAUAGUGGAUCAGACACCUGAUCUCCAGCUGCACAUGUCCAAGGAAUUAACCUUCACUACUGACCCAAACGUCAACACUUCUGCAGCGAUUGUCUGGUAUGAUGAUCCUCGCAAGACUGGCGACAUCAUCACCACUGAGAAGAAUGAGACUUUUUAUGCUGGACCAGUGAAUGGCUUUUUCAUGCUCAGCUUUGAAAACCUGAUAUCCAGAGACUUCAUUAAGGGAGGAAAUGCCAUGUUUGCCUAUCGCUUCCAAGAUAUCACUCCUCUAGUCAAUGGAAGCAAGCUACCUUGUAAUCCUUGGACACCAAUGAAAAUUACUUAUCCUCCUAGGGGUGUGGAUUAUGGCUCAUGCUCAUCACGGAUUUUACCCACCAAACAACCAACAACUGAUGACAGGUAUUUGGAUUUACUCGCACAUUUUACACUUGUGAAAUUGGUUAGAACAGCAGCCGAGUAGUAAAGCUGUUGACUCUAGUUAGCAAUGGCUACAGUUUGACUAAAUACAACUGAUAUGUCACAACCUUUCCUGUCAAAGUGUUAUCUGGCAAUCAUACAGUCCAGGAAAUGUCUUCAUCCACAUGAUGACAGAUUUUCUCACUCUGCGACCCAUUAGCGUUUCAGUGCUCCCACAAUGUUGUUUCCAUGUGGAUAAAACACAGAUAUGCUAACCCAUGUGUCAAUUUUCAUAAAAUGUCAUAAGAUGUCACAAGCACAGUAAAAAGUAAGGUUUCCCUACAAACA